AUGGCAAAAGCCAAGGGAAAGAAGGAAGUCAAAAAUUCCAAGAACUCUCAGAGCCAUAUUCGAGCCCGGCUGGAUUACCUACACCAAGCCGCCACAUAUUUCCAGGGCAAAUCUACACUUGCCAAGAGUCAGAACGCUCAAGUUCACAACAAUGAGCACAACUCAGUUGCUAGUGAUGUUAGCCCAGGGAAGAAUGGCCAUACAGUAGAUACCAAUCAACAAAUCUGCUCCGUGAAUCAACAGAAGACCCAAAAGCCAUUGAGAAACCUCUCAAGGGUAUGUGUAUCACAUCUACGCGCCGUGGCAAUGAAGACGCAGAUUCGGCUGCCGGUCACACUGAAGAGAUCAGUCUGCAAGCGCUGUGAUACAAUUUUAGCGCCGGGAGUGACUUGCUUGCAUGAAAUCAGAAACGAAAGUCACGGUGGCAAGAAGCCUUGGGCCGAUGUGCUAGUCGUCCGGUGCCUCUCAUGCGGGACUGAAAAACGAUUCCCUCAGACUGAGAAACGUGGGAGAAAACUUGUCGAACGCCGUAAGGAGAAGGGCUCGGUCUUGCCACGCGAUGUGAGUGUACCAAAAGUGGAUACAUCGGCGUCGCAAGGAGAAGCACUCGAAGAAGACGUGACAAUGUUGGAUGUUGCAAAUGUCCCUGCUACGUGA